GAAAUGCAUAAAGGAGGGAAAGUGAGGGAGAAAAGCAGGACAGUUCUGUGCACACUCAAGUGCAAACGCACAUAAGAGAGCCAUUCUUGUGAAUGACGCAGCUUUAGUAAAAUGGCUUUGAGGACUCUGCGAGCGAAUAUCAGCCUGCUGCUCCUGCUCUUAGUCUGGUUACACUUCACAACAGAAAAGAGUACUGCUGCAAUAUCUUCUCGAGAAAAAUGCGAGUGCAUUGAGGAGACUGGCUCGGUGCAAUGGAAAAAAAUCACAGACUACAAAAUCAUAGAGAAACAUCCUUUCUGCAACAAGGUUCAAAUCAUACUUCAGCUGCCAGGUAAAAAAGUUUGUCUAAAUCCAGAGUCCAAGCAGGGGAAAAAACUGCAAAGAUGCUGGAAAAGGAUUAAAUUCAACAUACGGAAGAAGAAGGCCUGCCUGAUACUCAAGAGGAAAAAUGGACCAAAAAAUCCCAAGAAACAUUAACAUAACAGUUGUGUGUAGAAAGACUUUAUUCCUGUACUUUAUCAUUUACCCUGCCUGUCCUUUAUUUGCACAAAUAAAAGAUAUAUGUAUUAUAUAUAUAUGGAAUAUGUA